AUGGCUGGGAAAUUUGCCGUCAAAUCUUUAGACCAUCUAGUCUUAACAGUCCGCAAUAUUCCCAAAACUGUGGCAUUCUAUACAACUUACCUCGGCAUGCGGCAUGAAAUCUUUACUUCACCAGCUAACCAAUCCGUUCAGAGUAGCUGGGUAAAAGGCAUUGACGAUAAUAGACAUGCCCUCAUCUUUGGCUCUCAAAAAAUCAAUCUCCACCAAUCAGGCAAGGAAUUCGAACCCAAGGCCCAGGACGUUAUGCCAGGAAGUGCCGAUUUGUGCUUUUUGACAGAUGAGAAUGUGGAAAAGGUCUUGGAAGUAUUUCAGGAUGCGAGAGUUGAAAUUCUAGAAGGCGCCAAGGUUGUAGAAAGAACCGGGGCCGUUGGGAAGAUUCGCAGUGUAUACGGAGAGUACCAAGUUGACUAA